AUGUCUACCGUCUCCGACGACUCUUCAGGCGAGUGGCUCGUUCACCCUUCUGGAAAUGACCAGGCCCCCCCAUAUACUGAGAUGCCGGAAAGUCCUGAAGCGCCUGAACCGUCUGAAGCGGUAUAUGAGAUACUGGAAUUCCUGCCAUAUGAGUUAAUCCAGCUGGUCGUCUUGCAUGUCAGCACGAUCAAAGAUCUUCAUUCUCUAGCUCUCGUCAACAAGCUCUUCAACAAGAUUUUCCAUGAAGUGGCAGAGCCUCGAAUCUACAAAGACAUCUUGAUACGCACGGGCGGGCAAGCAGAGAAGCUCGCCUACGCUGUCAUGAGCAGGCCCGCUCGAGCCACCUUGAUCCGAAACCUGCAGAAUGCGUGUCAAUACCGCCACUUCGACGGCCUACCAGAGCUCGCCAAGGUGGUCCCUAUGAUGACCAAACUGGAAGACCUGGUAGUCGAGACGCCAGACUGCAACUCGGUGGACCCAGUUGACCGCCUGCCCUGGGUUGCGCAACAACUAGAAUACAACAGACUCUUCGUCAAAGCUGCGCAGCCUAGUAGCAACAUCCUCCCAAAACUUCGCUCAUGCACUCUUCACUUCGUUGACAGGGACAGUUCGCUGUACCACCUCGGCCCCUACUCUAUCAUCUUCCUCCACCCUGUCCUCACCCAUCUCACCAUAUCCUGCGCCAACAUCGACCCACCGGCACAUCUGCAUCCCAAACUCCAGGGAGACAACCUCAUCAACACCACUCCGCUCAACACUCUCAACCUCAUCGAGUGCGACAUCGACCCAUCGGGCCUCUACCACCUCCUCCGCCUCCCCCGUCGUCUCACAUCCCUCGCGCUAACCGAAGCAAACCACUACGCCCGCUACAUCCACGAUCACUACUACUCCGGCCUCACCUCGCCCCGCGCCCUCCACCCGAUAGCCACAUUCCAACCCCAGCUGCAGCACCUCCGCGUCGCGCGUACCCGUUCGAAUAUAGGUUACCUCCUCUCCGUCCCACCUCUAGAUCUAAACCCCUUCCCAAAUCUCCAGUCCAUAGAAUUCUCUCAUGUGCAAAACCCACGCGCGACCACCCUUGAAGCACCGAGUUGGUGUGACCUGGUGCAUCGCGCUGGACCCCAAAUGAACACGGGAAACCUGGACACAACGACGAUGCUAACAUACUCCGAGGUACCACGCCAAUGGUGGGAGAACAUGAUCCAAUUCUUUAAAUGUGCGUUCCGCAACAAAAGCUCUCACGGCAUCGGAAGCUUGAAAACGUUGAAGCUGAUCUUGAUCGAUGAUGAGUUGCUGCUUGGGAUGCGGGACAUGGCAAGGAGGCUGAGGGCGACGGAGCAGCAGAUUAGGAAGGAUAAAGUGGCGAGGGUGAGGCGGUUGGUUCGAGAGUUGGGUCAUUUAGGUAAGGAAAAGAACGUUGGAGUGAGAGUGGUGGUGGAGUGGGUCAGACCAAAUGGCAAGACUAUUCCUCCAUAUCUUGUGGGUGAGGAUGUGCCGGAGGUGCGAGGUGAGUAUGACUCGGCGGAAUGUGAAGGAGAAGGAUAUGGUUGUUGCUUGAGAAGCAGAGAUCUCGCCAUUCCUGGCUCGAAUCUCGGCCAGACUUGA